AACCACGAUUGAGGUAUGGUGACUGUGGUGGUAUUUUUCAUGUUAACCACUCUUCAUCUGAGUAGGUCCACAAUCAUUAGCUUUCCAUCCGAUUACAACCCAAAUGUUUCGCCAAAUGAUCGAGGUAUCAUUCGUUGUGGCUUUGAUAUCAUGGAUGUCUCAGCGGUCGAGGACGUGCAUUACACCAUCACCAUUCAUUUGAGCACGUUCGUCAUGUGGAACGACUCGAGGUUGAUCAUAAAUGACACGGUCCUACAGGAUUUGUCCGUUAAAAAUCGGUGGUACGGCCUGACCCCGGAAUUAGUAAGCCGGAUUUGGCAACCCAAGUUGCAGAUUCGCAAUCUAAGGCACGAGCUGCCAACCCGAGCUAAUGCUAAGGGCCAAGGGGAAUCGACCCUUUUGACCACUGAGCCAAACCAGCGGUUCUAUAUGGAGAAACAGGCUGUGGUUAAGAUCUCGUGUGCCAUGGAUUUCUCGCUCUUUCCCUUUGACCGACACUCAUGUCCAUAUGUGGCCUCCAUGCAUCUUCCGAUUGAAGAAUUGCGCAUGGGACCAUUUUUACUGGAUGGGAACGAGAUAUAUUUCAAGGCCAAGACCACUACCAUACUAGAGUUCGCCACCUCGUUCAUGGAAUUGGGACCGGCCAACCAAACUGAGGAGAUGGAAUUCUUCACGGGCUUCAAGAUUCGUUCUAACAUCAUGGGGUUCAAGAUCCUUUUGAGACGCAAAUUCACUUCGUAUUUAUUCAACUAUCAUCUACCCUCGGGCUUAUUCGUGAUCAUCAGUUGGGUAGCUUUCGUCAUUCCCAUUGAAGCAAUCCCCGGUCGGGUGAGCGUGAUCUUCACCACUUUUCUGGUUUUGAUCAAUAUAGCUACCUCGGCCUUUUCCAAUUCUCCUCCUUCGCAAGGAAUCAACUACAUUCAGAUUUGGAUUAUAUCCUGCAUUGGCUUCGUAUCCGUGACGAUAUUGGAAUACUUUGGUCUUCUUUAUUAUGCCCGAUAUAUCAAACAAGUGGAAGGGAGGAACAUGGGUUCUUUGGUUUAUCCUGAGAUGUAUGGACCCAAAAAGAGUCGGAUCAACUUUAAAGAGGACCAUGUGGAUCGGGCGUGUUUAGUAAUCCUGCCAAUCCUGUUCCUGAUCUUUAAUUGUUUGUAUUGGUUUGAAGCGGCUUUUGGUCGUGGCCAAUGAUUUAUGAUAAACAUAUAAUUUAUUAUCGCAUUCAGAGAACUGGGCACAAUUUUUGCCUUUUGGUAAGGAAAAUGUGCAAAAUAGGCAAAUUUUCGGAAAAAUUACAAUAGUAUAUUGAAAAUCCCUUAUUUGUCCCUCAAGUUCCCUGUUUUAGGUCAAUAGUUUUUUUUUUAUUUAUUUGUCCUAAAACUGUCCUAUCUCGAUCGAAUGAUACGAAUGACUUUUUUUGUCGAAGAAAAGAAAGAGUGUUUCUUACCAGCAAUUUUCCCAUC